UGUUGGUUGGAACGUCAACGGCGAGAUCCGUACGUGCGACAGGCGCGAGUACAGUCGUAUCGGUGUCGUAGUGCAUUCAAACUGUUGCAGAUGAACAAGAUGGUAGGCAGCGGUGGGUUAAUCAGGCCAGGUGCGGUGGUGGUGGAUUGCGGAGCGGCGCCGGGCUCGUGGACUCAAGUGGCAGUGGAGCUUGCCUCGCCUGGCGGCACCGUUGUGGCCCUCGAUCUUCUUGACUUUGAGCCUGUGCCAGGCGCGCACUGCCUGGCCCGCGUCGAUGUCCGCCAGACUGCUCAAGUAAUCCACCGCGUGCGUGAAGUCCUCGGGGCUAAUCAUUGCGUUGACAUCGUCCUCAGCGACAUCGCACCUCCCGCUUCCGGGUUAAGCGAUAUGGAUCACCUCAAUCUCAUUCACCUUGUUCAUUGUUUGGCUUUGCAUAUCUCGCGGCCUGGCGCGAGCCUCCUCGUGAAGCUUUGGAGCUGCCCCGAGGUAGCGGAGUUCAUGAGACUCCUCGAGCACUUUUACCGCGGUCCCAAGGACUCCACUGACAGAUCGUCAUCUUCUUCCGCAGUGCGCAUUCUUAAACCCGACGCUAGUCGCAAGAAUUCUGCCGAGGUUUACGUAUGCGCACGAGGAUACUUUCUUUCACCACCUCACAAAUAA